AUGACAUUGGAAAUUGUUUACUUUGGUAUGGCAGGUCGUGGUGAAGUCUUGAAAUUGAUUGCUGAAGCAGGUCAGGUAGAAUAUGUUUUCACACCUGUUAAGUAUGAAAAUUGGUCGAGUUUGAAACCAAGUACUAGAUAUGGUCAACUUCCAAUGUUGAAGAUUAAUCAAGAUGUUACUCUCUAUCAAACUAUUUCAAUAGCUAGAUAUUUGGCUCAAGAAGGUGGCUUGUAUCCAUCAGAUCGAAUUGAGGCAAGUUUAUCUGAAGAAUAUGUUGCAGCUGUUGAUGAGAUUAUCGCUGGAUUUGUGACAGUUUUCUUUAAAACUCCUGAAGAAAAGAGACCUGAAGCAUUGAAGAGUUUUAGUGAAGGCGUAUUAAAGACAAUUCUCAAUGCCUUGGAUAAGGUAUUGGAAAAGAACGGAGAUUACCAUUUGAUUAAGGGAAAGCUCACUUGGGCUGAUUUGUUUCUCUUUGAUAUUGUUGGAAAUUUGAGAAUGAGAGGAAUUGAUAUUUCAUUUGCUUCUAAUGUUGCCAAAAUGAUUGACAAUAUUAAGGAAAAUAAUGAAAGAAUUAAAUCAUUCUUGGAGAGUGAUAGAAAUUUGAGAAAACCAACUCAAUAA